CGCGGGGCGGGAGGGCACGGGGUGUCCGCAGGGAGUGACGGGAUCGUGAGGGCUGGAAGGAAGGGACCUCUGGGGAUCAUCCAGCCCCACCUCACCUGGAGCGGGUGACACAGGAACGCCUCCAGGUGGGUUUGGAAUGUCUCCAGAGAGGGGAAACUCCACGGCCUCCCUGGACGGCCUGUUCUGGGCUCUGCCACCAUCAGUGUAAAGAAAUUGUUUCUCAGGUUCAGGUGGGACUUCUUGUGUUUUAGUUUAUGGCCAUCGCUCCUUGUCCCGUUGCUAGGCACCGCUGAAAGGACUCUGGUACCAUCCUCUUGACACCCGCCUUCGAGUUAUUUACAUGCAUUGAUGAGGUCCCCUCUCAGUCUUCUCUGGACUAAACAGCCCCAGCUCCCUCAGCCUUUCCCCAGAAUUGAGGUGCUCCAUUCCCCUAAUCCUCUUUGUUGCCCUCUGCUAGACCUGCUCCAGGAGCUCUGUGUCUCUUGUCCUGAGGAGCCCAGAACUGGACACGGCUCUCCAGGUGAUCCUCACCAGGGCCGAGUAGAGGGGCAGGAUCACCUCCCUUGACCUGCUGGCCUCUCUCUUCCCAAUGUGCCCCAGGAAAAGCAUCCAGGGGGCACAGGUGGGCACAGGUUGUUUGUGUUCUUCAGAACACCUUGGAAUGCAGGAUGGAGGCGACACGUGGGUUGCCACUCCCAUUUGGUUUCCCUGUGUGGUGUGUGUUUCCCCUGGAACUCCGUGCCUGGGAUAUCCAGCACGCCGUGCCCGUGUGGAAGCCAAGCGUCCAGCCCCAGGAACACCCCAGGCAGUUUGCACGGGGGGGGAGGAGAAAUGUGCUGGCUGGCAGCCUCAUGUCACCUCCUCUGCCAGCCCAGGGGUGUCAAGAGAGGGUUGAUUUGCCAACCUGAGGUGGGACAAGGCAGUGGAAUGAGAUGUAGGUGUUCUCAACAGAGACUAGAGAAGGAUCCAAACUUCUGACUGCCUUUCCUCAGCCGAUGCCUUCUCCACUGCUCUGUCCAUGUUGUUCAAGCAGCUGGGAUCCAGUUUUCACAGAGCUGAUCCCUGGGUUCUUUUGAGGGGCAGAGAGUUUGGAUGUGGGCAUACUGCACCUCCCUGUCCUUCUCAAAGAGCGUUUUUAAAUUGUAUUCCAUUUGCACUGUAGAAGAGAUGGGAUUUAAGAAACAGUUUGGGUGCUUCAAAUUCCUGCAGCUGUUGAAUUUCUCUUGGUCUCGUUUCUUGGGAACGCACAAAUAUAUUGACUAAACUGGAAAAGCAUGGAGAUGGAAGAGCUUUGAGGAGUUGCAGUUUGGCUUGUUCAGCCAUACAACUACAUUUUUUAUGGCAAGUCAAUGUCUCUUAAGUAGCCAAGACUUAGCACUCCACGGGGUGAGUUUGUAAAAAGGAUCCUGGUUGAUGGCCUUGAUCAGCAGCUCCAUGAGGUGAUUUCCAUUGACUUUGGAUAAGGAACAAUAAGUCAUUGCCUCAUCCCUACACAGGGCAGUUAAUCUGUAUUUGAUGUUUUACAAUGUCCUGCAGGGAAUCCAGACACAAGUCCAGACAUCACAUGUGACAGAGAUUGUCCUCUUUUUAGUGCAUGGAUCAAGCUUCAUUCACAUUUUCUUUAUUUGGUGUAAAAUAUUUUUCUCCUUAGUGCUUUCAGUUCCAAGGACUGGCAAGGCAUGUGCCAAUGCUUUUGAAGUACCUCUGGUGGAAGUGAAUCUCUGAUUACCCUGACAGGGACAGAUUACCCAGGACAGCUCCAUCCAGGAUCUUGAGCAAAACAGCUCCAAAAAAGAAAGAAGAGUUGUUUCAGGUUCUUUUGACUUAAGACUUUGACUUAAGGCUUCUUUCAAACCUGGUACAAAAUUGGUGCUUUUGGAGUUAUCGGUUCUGUAUCAGCUUUAUGCUUUUUGGCUCAGCUUGGCUGAAUCUCAUUUACCUUUGAAGCUGACCUCAAGGCAAUUUUAGCCUCUAGGUCAAACAAAAUGUUGGCUGGAAGUCCCCAUCUGGCAGUUGUCACUGUAAACUCUGUAGCUUUCAGUGUUGUUUUUUCUGUGGCUUCUGAGUGUUCACCAAAACCUUCUCAUUGUAGUUGCCUUAAGGGCAGCUCAGAACAUCUCCCUCCUGGCAGCUUGGGCUUGCUUCUAAAAUGUUCUUCAAUAUUGAUUUGAUCUCUGAAGUUUCCUUUUGGUAUGGAAAGCUUCAGUUUUUCUCUGCCAGUUUUUCCCCACUGACUUGUCUCUGCUGUUUUUUCCUCAGUGUCAGAGGGUAACGUGCAGGGAAUCGGUGUGUCCUUCUGGCCAAGCUGCAUGGGCCCACAUCACUCCUCCAUCAUCAGCAAAGGCACCAGGUUUGCCAAUCCUCAGCUUGUCACUGCCGCCUGAGCCCUGGAAGAACUAAGGGGGGAUCCUCAAGGUCUCUGGUGCUGCCUUGAUCGGUGGUGGUGGGUGAAGUGAGCAGCAGGGCCUUUCAGCAAGCAACCGUCUGGGGUGGAAGAAGUGCUUGCAGCCAAGGUUCAUGAUGGGGUGGCAGGGGUUGGGGAAGGGCUGAGGAAAAUCUGGGGUGGAUAUGAUCUAGGCUUAUCUGUGAGAUGGGAGGGCAUCUCUGAAUGACUGGAUGGUGUGACAACAGAAGUCCUGUUGGAACUCCUAGAAGAGGGAGGAAGUGAUUACAGUCUAUGCUGUGCUUGCAGAGGUGGAGUAGCAGCAUGGAGGAGCAGGUGAGACUGGCAGAGCUGCCUGCAGCCUUGGACAGCACACUGAUGGUCCCCAGGAGUGGGCUUCAGCAUGCAGCUGUCACCUCCUAUGGAUACAAACUGCAGUGCCUCUGGAUCCAGGUGAGGAAGAUCGCCAGAGAGAGGGACAAGGCAAAGCUGGACUUGGAGAAGGCAGAGAGACGCUGCCUGCAUCUUGGCAGGGAGCUGGACGAGCAGUACGUCGCUCUCAAGCACACCCAGAACAAGCUCAAGGAUUUUCAGGCAGAAAUAGAAGCAAAAGAGCUGCUUUUGCAGCAAGCAGUCAGUCACCAGGCAAAGCUGGAGGCUGAUGCACAGUUCCUCCAGGGCAAAGAGGCCAGCCUGCAAGGGAGACUGAACAAUGUGAUGAAGAACGCAGAGCUGCAAAACAAGGUCACAGAGAUGACUGAGAAACUGUCAGCCUCUGAGGAACUGGUGUUGGAGCUGCAGAAAGAACUCAACCACAUUGUGAAGGAAAAGCUGGGCCAGGGGGAGCCCCACAGCCUGGAGUUCCUGAGCCAGAGCGAGCGCUUUGCCGAGAUUGUCCUGGAGUACGAGCGGCAUCUUUGGUCUUUUCAGGUGCUGUAUGACCAGAACAGGGCGCUGCGGAGGGAGCUGCAAAGGCUGCGUCUCCAGCUCCAGGAGAGCAGGGCUGAGACAGGGCUGCCAGCAAGAGGCCUGUCCUUACAGGGCUCCUCUCUGCCAGAACGCCCCUCUCCAAGCCCUCUUGUUCCUACUUCUACAUAUACAGAGAUAUCACUCCCAGUGGAGCAGCUCCAAGAGCAGCUGCAAGAGCUGAAGGUGCAGCUGGAAACCAAGAUAAACUAUUACAAGGAACAACUAGAGUUAAUGCAGAAAAACUUUGAGAGAGAGAGGAAGGACAGUGAGGAAAGCUUCAAGGCUGAGAUGCACAAGAUGGAAGACCAGAAGAGAGACCUGGAAGAAACAGUUGCAAAGUACUGGGCUGUAAUUAGUAGCCUGAAAGAGCAAAAACCUAUGUGGAGUCUGGAGCUGGAGGAGAGGUUUGAGGUGGAGCAGGCCAGGGUGGGACAGCACCACACUGAAGACAUUUGCCAUCCAGGGCAGCAGCUGGACCAGGAGGGAGAAGAAUUGAGGACACAGCAGCACCAGGACAGAUUAAGCCUGAGGAAACACAUGAACAAGCUGGGCAGGGAGAAGGUGGAGGAGCUGGCUGAAAUAGCAGACUUAACAAUGUUGAGCGAGAAGAGCAAAGAGGAGGUCUCCCACCCGAAUGUCAAGGUGCAUCAGCUGGGCUGUGAACUCACUGGGCACAAGGCUGGUCACAGUGCCCAGCUGCAGAGCCAGAGGCUUGCAGAGGCCGAGUGGCCACGAGGAGCAGAGGUGGCUGCAAGGCUGGAACACCACCAGAAGCAUGCAGCAUGUUGGAUGGAAGUGGAGCUGCUCCAACAGCAGCUGAAGGCCUCACAGGAGAAGCUUUUAGAAGCCAAAGCAAGCCUGAGCCUGGCCCAGACCCAGCACGCUCUGCAGUUGCAGCAGGCCAAGGCCCAGAUGAACAACAUGGUGUCAAAGCAGCAGUUGGAGCAGCUGCAAACCACCCUGAGAGAGGAACAGUGCAAGACUCAGCAGCUCCAGGAAAGCCUCCACCAGCAGGCUGAGCAAACAUGCAGGCAGCUGGUCAGCAUCCAGGCGGAACACGAGCACCUGCUGCAGGCUGCUGUGGAGCAGGCAGAGGGGCUGGAACACAGCCUGAGGAGUGCUGAGGCUGUGCUGGCAGAGAGGGCAGCUCAGCUCAGAGAUGCCCAGGCCCAACUCUCCAGGAACAAACUGCUGAUCGAAGACCUCCGUGGGGAGAACAGGGGGUUUGCAGUGGCCCUGCAGGCUGCUGAACUGAAGCAGAAGAGCACAGAGGAGAAGAACCAGCUGUUGGAGGAGAAAGCCUCAGCUCUGAAGCAGCUUAUCGGAAAAAUCACACCAGCAAGUCUGAGUGGGUGAUGGGACACCUUCAGUGGCAGUCCUGCCCCUGCUCCUGGCUGGGGUUGGUUGGGUGCAGAAGGGGAGGUAUGGCUGGGUUGGAAAAUCAGCCUUGUCCUCUCUGGUCUUGGCAGGAUGUUCCUGCAUAGAAAAUAGAUAAUAGAGAACCCAGACCUUUAAGGAAGUUUGUCUUGUGGAUAGCUGAAUUUUCCAACUGAAAGCACCAGCUUUGCUGCAUUUCUCAGUGGCAGUGUGCUGUUAUAAGUCAGGUCUGUCUCAGGGCAGCCAUCCCACAGGAUUUUUUUGAACUCCAGCAGCGUUUGGUGGUGACGCAGAUGUUCCCUCUCUGUAGAGGGUUGAUGUUGAGGCCACACUGUUAUGGCUGGAAAGCCAGGGCAGAAGGCCUUGCAGGUUCCUGUGUCUGGCUCACUCUGAUCAGGAAAGCUGUGUGGUGGUAUUAAAAUGUUUGUAAUAUUACAGCA